GAAAAUGAACAGAAAAAAAAUUGCAAAAAAAUAUAAAACCGUUCCUUCAGACCAAUCUCCAGUUAGUCACGACAAAGACCAUGUUCUAGGGUAAUAAACGUUCACGAUGUUGAAAACAUAUGAAAUUAUUAUUUUGGCACGGCCUCUGCUGAUGAACUUGACACGAGUUCCAUGGAAUUCUUAAGUAUAUACACGAAAAAAGAAAAUAAAUACUUGUGGAGAUGUUUUCAAAUUGAAAGUCCGUUGAGCAGAGGGCGGCAGUGUCUUCCUCCCUCUUCUCCGCCAUAUCAAACUGCGCAGUUCCUAAUAGGGUUUAGGGUUAGACGUUAUAGACGUUAGAGUUGAAGGCGCACAAAGAUAUAACAACAAGUACUGGUCGCAGGGCCGAUGGUGCAUCUGAUUGCACUUGAGUGAAGUAGGAAUACUAAGUUGACCGAUCCUUGGUUCGGCUGAAGGAUUCUGCCUGACAAGUCAGUGGGAUGCAUGAGACUUUCCAUGAAGACCCCACAGACAUUUCCAAACGAAAGCUCAGACGUCUGAGGGGAACAGCCGCUAAUAAGUGGAGUCUUGGAUUGAGCAUUGGAUUGGCAGCGUUAUUCGGUAUUGGCUGCCACUUCUUCACGGAGUCUAGUUGGUCCAACAGACUCAAGGAGAAAUUUUUGAAGGCAGCGAAGGUAUCUAAGGAUGAACAACUCCAGCAGUUAAUGAUGAAAGACAUCUUUUGGAACUCGACCGUUAAAAACCUCCGUAAGAAAGAACGUGGUGAACUCCCCCGUCCAGCAUCGGCCGAAGCCUAAACCAAACUUCUCCGCCUCAGGUCUCACUUCAAUUCGAGAUGAAAAAAAACGAACAGCAGUUGUCCCAGGGCAGACUUCGUUUGAAGACCUCCACAAGAAGCAAAUCGUCAUCAAAGCCAUCACACUCACCAGUAGCUAUGGACCGCUCCAGGAGCUUCGACUCACUACACGACGAGAGUCUCGCGGAUUUCAAGUCUCCAAAACCAUCUAAAAUUUUCUCGAAGUCCUCCGGGCAAAUUGCAAACACCAAAAACGAGCCCUCCACCAGUAAAAAUCCCCGCCACGUUCGUUCUAAAAAGCCCCCUUCAAAUCAGCAAUCCAUUGUCUCCCUUUUUGCAAAAACUGAGGCGGAAAAUUCCACUUUCACUUGUCCCGUGUGCCUGAAGCCCUUCAGCUGUCCUGACAUUCAGGUCAUGCACACCAAGAAAUGUGCCGCCCAAAACGGUAUCUCCACAGAGACGCUCGUGGCAGCAAUGGAGCUCCAGGAGAAGCAGUCGAAUGAGCGAAAAGCGAUGGGACUUCCCAGCAAGGGUCUCCCCACCCCGAAGAGGAAGCCUUCGUCCUCGAGAAGUGCACCCCAUGAAGACGAUCCUGACAUCCAGCUGGCUCUGGCCCUCUCCAAAUCUCUGAACGAAGCCCAGGAGCUCGAGAAAUUGGACGAGGCGAUUGCCCUUGCUGCAGAUGAAGACGAUACAAUCCCGGAAAUGACUGCCUCCCAACGAAGAUCAACCCUGAUGUCCUUCGGCUUUUCCACGAAUAAACCAACGGGUGAAGUUGAACGACCGAGGAGACGUAAAAAGUUGCAGGGGCCGACGGUUUUACAGACUCGGACACCGGAAGUCAAAGAACAGAUCCUCACUGAGAGAAUUGCUGAAGUCCUGGUGGGAUCUGAAUCUAUCACUCAGCUGCAGGAGGUAGGGAUAAUUGUGAGGGCGGUGAUUAUAAUAAAACAGAAUAGCGAGUUAAGAAUGAUGGGGUGGGAUGAGUCUGCGAGGUUGUGGCGAUUAUCGUUUGGAAAUGGCGAUGGGCAGUAUUAUGUUGAGGCACUGAAAAAUAUUAUGGGAAUCGUUGAUGAUGGGACUGGAAAGGAUUGUCUGAUGAUCAUUGCAGACCGCCAACACAGUAACAAAGGAGCAACAACAAAAUCCGAUAUUGAGGAGGUUAAAGAUUACUCAACGAUCGAAGAAACUGGAACCCAACCAGAUCUCCAAAAUACCUGUGAAGUCCAUCAACAGAUCGACACUACUGAAAAUGAAACUUCCAACACUGAUGAGAUAGCUGAGGCUAUUAUUUAUCAUUCAAGCCAAACAUGUUAUAAAGAAUGUGAAAACAUGAGUCCAAUAGAAAAAUCAGAGAGCGAAAUAAACUCAGUAGAUAGUGAUAACAUAAUGUCUUUAUCAAACGACUGGAGUAAAAUGGUAGCCGGCAGUUAUCUCAGUGACAUUGCCAUUUUCAUCAAGGACAGUACCUUCAUUCACGCUCAUAAGCUUGUGUUCUGGACUCGUUGUCAUACACUUAUCACCGAUCUCGAGAUAUGUAAUGUUGAAGAUAAAAAUGACAGAAAAUGUUAUCCCAUAAAAAAUAAAAUUCACUGGCCCAACAUCGAUCACGAUGCUGCACUGGUGUUCUUGAAGUACAUUUACUCUGGAAAGAUAGCUCGGGAGGAUUUGAAGGGCAACAAUAUCCUAGAGCAGGUCAUCUCCUUGGGUAAGAAAUACAAAGUUGCAGAAUUGUUGAAAAUCGUGGAGAAUUCAGAAAAGAAAAGGAGCGAUGAAUCUAAGAGGAAUACAAGUACACUGAAUGCCUUUGAACAAUUGAAGAAGGUGAAGGAGGAUUCAACAGGCAUCAAAAAUACUAAGAAUAUUGAAAAGAAAUCGUCGUUCAGUGAAUCAAUGCACAACUCUAUAGAUACCAAAAAUAACUCAGUACCAACCGUUAUUGAACUUGAUUCUUCCCUCGAUGGAUCAAUAACGGAAGAGGGACAUCUGACUGACGAAAAAGUCAUGAAAAAAACGGAACGGUCGUUGAACCGUCGACACAAUACAACUUCUCCGGACUUGUUCGACGACAGCGAGAUGUUUCAUGAUGUUCCUGAAAGUGCGUUGGAAUCCCCCCAUCACCCAAUCAUGUCUGACGUUUUAAAAUCAAUUUCCGCGUCAGAUAGAAAUCCUGAGCCCAAGCAAAAGAGUGAUCUCAGUGUGUUCAUCAAUAACAUUGAAAGGAGGCAAGCCAGAAACGUCCUGGAAUCUGAUACCGAUGGAGAUACUCCGGUGAGAGCUGCGAACGAACGCAGGCGAAAUCCGUUUAGAGUAGGGGCUCGCAGUUUCGAUGAUUCAGAACUCUGGAGUAAAAAUACAUCGAGCAAGGCUAGGAAAUCUUCUGAAGACAGAGCGGGAGCCCUGAGCAUGCUGGAGAAUGCUGCUCGGGCUCGUUCAGUUGAUGAUGUCGGGAAGUCUGUUGAUGUGGCAGAUAAUAAUAGCCUCGAGACAACUGAGGCUCUGGAGAACGAAGAUGACUCUAUUUACAGUAAAUACAUGAAACUAGGGAGGGAAAACAGUAUUGAAAAGUACAGAAAGGCUGUAAUAGCUGAAAGUACUCCAAAAUCAAGUGAUUCUAGAAGAAAGUACUGGGAAAAGUCGCCUGGGGUUGAUAUUAAGAUUAAAGGUAGGGGAGAAAUCACGAAGGACGAAUGCUCUCAGUUCAGAAGUUCUAAAGUGGCUGGGAAUCAAGACAAGAAUGGUUCUGAAGAAGCGCAGCUUCCUGGGAAUCUGGAGUUUGAUACCUGGGACGGAAGUUCAUCGAGUACUGGCAGUUUGUUCUCUCAGAGGAUUGAUCGUGAGAAUAUUUCGACUAACAGAAAGAGGAAAGGGGAUGCAAAUAAUAGUGGAGAGGCUGUACGUGGAAGCAAGAAACUGUCGUUCAAAUCAACUCAUUUUUUGAGGACUGAUAAUGCGGAUCUUCCGGAGCCAUUAGGGAAAGGAGAUACUUCUCAAAAGACUCCGAGGAAGAACCGUGCACCAAGCCUCAUUGUGCUGUCUUCGUCAGAUGACGAAAUGACUCCACUGAUGGAGAAUCGCUCACAGAGGCCAGACCGGAGUUGGAAGUCGGAAAAAUCAUCCGCAGGCCUCCCGGAGCGGUCCCCGGACGAGAACCUCAACUACUCCCAUGACGUUCAUUCUCUCAAUACCCCAACACCACGCCGCAAGAAAACCCUAUCGAAAACCCCUCUGAAAGACAAAACGCAGAACCUGAACAACCACCCAUCGUCGUCUGAGAACCGCCUCAAGAGGUUUCGAGAGCUCGCAUCCAUUCGGAUAUCCCACAAUGUAACCCCUCCCCUGGACUACUCUCGGAUGAAUACCCCAGAACUCCACGACGAGCUCAAGAAAUACGGCCUGAAGUGCCACACGAGGACUAACGGGAUUCAACUGCUGGAGCACAUCUACGAGGAGACGCAUCCUCUGGUCCCCCUGGAGUGCAUCCCCCCGGAGUCGUCUCCCACCGAGAAAGAGGAGCCCGCGCCCAAGAAGCGCCACCUGAAUCCCAAGAACUUACCAAAGAGAAAAAUAGUUUCCGAGGAGAUGUGCUCACAGGAGGUAGAGCAGUCUGAUUGCCCUGCGGGAGCCCUCAGUGUCUCACAGGCCUUCCGUCAACUUCUGGCGAGUGAUACUGAACUUCAUAAGAAAGUCCUGACAUACGAACCUCUUCUUCUGGAGACUUUGUACAAGAGAUUGAAGGCUGAGGGUUGUGCUGGUAACAUGAAUGAAGUGAUGGAUUUUUUGGAUAACCAAUGCAUCACUUUCCAAACACAGGUGCAGAGAAAGCAUAAGAAAGUUACCGAUGGCGGAAAUACCAAGACUGGAGGGAAGUGAUGGUUGUUGAGUGGGUAAAGAGGAUUGUGUGGCCUGGAGGGUAUCAUCAAGUUUUUUUUUUGUUUCUAGUGAGGGAGAGGUUCUUUGGUUUCUUUCGAGCAGAUAUUACCGUUACAGUUCGGUUUGUUGCAAAAUGAGAUUAGAAAUAAUUAAGAGCCAUUAAGCAAUGUGAUUUUUUUUUUGUUUUGUUUGUUUUGUUUUGUUUCUCUGGGCACACAAAAAUCUACCCUAUAAAAAUAAUCCUCAAUUUCCAUUUAAUAGCAAGUAAGAAAAUCUUUAUAAAACCUGUUUUUUAUUCUAAUAAGAAGAUACCCAAAGAGAAAAAUAUUUUUUGAUACAUUUCAUUAUUGAAUAUUAAAAAGAAAAGAAAAAACAAAUGUGAAGACAAUUCGCAGGAAUGUAGAGGAGAGGAUAAAAGGGUCUUUAUACUGGCAAAUUCAAACUUCAUAAUGCCGAUUUUUUAUUUUUUUUUAUCUUAUCAUUUAUUUUACAUUAUAAUGUUUCUAUUUGAAAAUGUAGGAAGUUUUGAAAAUGUCAUUUUGUAUUAGGAAGAAACCUAUUGAAUGUAACUAGUCUUUCAUAUUGAGCUCUUUUCGUUGGGUUUUACUCCUUUGUUUAUAUUGUCUGUCGUUGCAUGCGAAAAAUAUCAAGAAUAUAUUCUGGAGAAUUUACGAUGAGCGUGGAAUCAGUGAAUUAGCCUUAGGCAUCAGGAAUUCCUCGACUAUCGCUGAAACCAUCUCUGCGAGAAUGUUCUUUAGGGUAUCAAUGUUCCUGUUAAAGAAAGUAAUAAAAACCUUUAUUAUUUAUGAA